AUGGCAGACUGAUUGGACACGCCCACAAGUGUAUAAAUGAAAAGUUGAGAAGCACUGUUCACUGACACCACUCUGAGAUCGGUCCGUUCCAAGCCCUUUGUUUCACACAUUACUUCAAGUGCCAUCAUGUCUGCUGAAAAGUGUCUCGCUAAAGGUAGCGCUGCCCCUGGCCCAGUCCCUAAAGACUACAUCAGGGUUUACAGCAUGAGGUUCUGCCCUUUUGCCCAGAGGGCCAGACUAGUGCUCAAAGCCAAAGGAAUCAAGUACGAAACCAUAAACAUCCACCUUAAAGAAAAACCAGAGUGGUACCUUAAAAAGAAUCCAUUAGGUCAGGUCCCAACACUGGAGACACCUGCUGGUGAGGUGAUAUAUGAGUCACCCAUCACCUGUGAAUACCUGGAUGAAGUUUACCCUGAAAAGAAGCUGCUUCCCUCCUCUCCCUUUGCUAAAGCUCAGCAAAAGAUGAUGCUGGAGCACUUUUCCAAAGUGAUACCGUACUUCUACAAGAUCCCAACAGGUAGAAAGAAUGGAGAGGAUGUCUCCGGACUGGAAGCUGAUCUGAAAGAAAAGUUUGCCAAGUUAAAUGCGUACCUCGUUAACAAGAAGACCAAGUUCUUUGGUGGUGAUUCUAUAACAAUGAUCGACUACAUGAUGUGGCCGUGGUUUGAGAGGGCGGAGGCAUAUCAGUUCAAACAGUUUCUGGAUGGCACACCUGAGCUGAAGAAGUGGACAGAACUCAUGCUGCAGGACUCGGCUGUCAAAGCCAUCAUGUUCAGCCCAGACGCCCACAAGGCCUUCUUCAAGACCUUCCUUGAUGGAAACCCAGAUUUUGACUACGGCCUGUAGGAAGUUAUUGAUGAGAGUAUCAAACAAAACCUUCAGCCUUCCUUUAAUGUUACUUUGUUACUUUUAUGUUAUUGUAAAGAGCAAUAGUGACUGUUUUCAAUAAAAAUUUGUCCAUGAAA